AUGAGACCUCAUUUUCCGUUUAGCAACUAUCUCGCUGGGGUUUCAGGUGGUGGAAAACAUCGACAGCAUUUGGAGUUGCUAUGUAACAUUGGUCAAUCUAUAUUGUUCUCCUGGAAAUAUGGUGAUCACAUAGGGAAAGAGCUUGAUAUCAUCAGAAUUAUAAACCUCCGGUUUGAACGUUAUGAUCAACAAAAUCAGGCAUUUCGCAUGUUAGACAAAGUAAUACUCUCACGCGGACUUUUGCUUAUUAAGGUGCUUACUGAGAAAAAAAUUUCAACGCCGAAGGAAUGGUUGUUCAUACAGCUUCAAAUGGAUGAAUACAAGAUCCGAAAGAUCUUAGUUUUAAAGCACUUACAUGCAUAUGGCAAGCGCACUGGUGUUGGGAAAGUUCCAGGUUUGUCUGCUCAUAUUGUGCUAAAGCUUCCCUUCCUUUUACAAAAUGAUGCCCUGUGGAAUAUCGAUGCUGUAAUUGAUCUGACAGAUAUUACACCUAAAACUCGCAUCAAGAGACGACCUCGAAACUGUGCAUCAUUUGUUCAGAAGUUGAUAUUGAUGAGGGAAUCAAAGAGGAGGGCUAUCAGAAAUCUAGGGUCUCUAAGCGUGCAGAUAAUCAUGAGAAAAUCUAAAGUUCCACAGAGAAUCAAAAACACAUUUAUGUUUCAGUGGAGCUCCCAUAUAGAGCUCACUGGUAAAAGACCAGAGUUGUUUCGAAUCAAUGAAUAUAGUGACUACCUUGUGAUUAUUGUGGACGAUCGUAAUAUGGAAUAUGUUUUUGGACCAAGUGGAUAG